GUUCAAGAUCGUUCAGACUUGCUGCCGUUGCUAUUGUCGCCAAGCAACCGCCACCAAAAAACUACGAAUCGCCACAACAAACAACUCAACUAACGGACAACUGCUACUGUUACCAUUUAGUAAACGCCAGCAAGCGCACUGCUAUUGCCGCUGUUGCUGCUGUCGCCACUCGUAACGCGAAGAUCGUUGGAUCGCUCGCACACGACCACCGACCGCCAACGAGCCGUGUGUGUUUUCAUUCGUCGCGUGUUGUCUGCGCGUCUGCUAAACUGUUUGCCGGUUGUUGGGCAUCUGUUGGUCGGCCUGCCCGCUGUGUUGACUGCGUGCAUGCGUCGCCACCGCUGCUGCUGCUCUAAAAGCACUUCGUUGCUGGCAUAGAGUAGCUCGCGUUGGUUGCUCGUUUUGCGGCGCGUUGACGCGUUCACUGUUUGUUCGCGCUUCUGCUCGCGUGCUCGUGUGAAUCUCUAUGUGCGCUACUAUCGAACGUUUAACGCUUGGCGCAUUUCUUCACUCGCUCGUUCAUUCGUUCAACUAAGUAAAUCACAGCCAAUGCCGUCGCUGUUUUUGUUGUGUCGUCAUAGUCGUUGACGUUGCUUGUGAAUAUUUGCAGAAUAUUUUCUUGUUAUUGAUUAAUUUUGUCUGCCUAAUUGGCAAUCGAAAGUGAAAUUACUAAUUGUCAUUUACAUACGCUUUUAGCGCUAAAGCCGUGCUAGCAGCGGCCUAGUUAGUGCUAGUGGGACGCAAAAAGUUGGCUGUGAAUUUUCCUGGUGAAAAAUUUUGUUCAAAUAAACGAGGAGUAUUUGUAGAAAAGUUGAAAAAGUUGUGAAUUAGAUGCUGGUAUUGAAUUUUUAUGUUUAGAAAAAUUGAAAAAAAAACAUAUUUUAGAUUAAAAAAAUGAAAAAUAUUUUACUUGCCAAAAGAAAAAGAAACAGCUCGGUUUUCUAAUAAAAAAUAAAAAACAAAUGCGACGAAACGUAAAAUUAAAAAUAAAAAAAUAAAAAAUACAUUAAAAAAAUAAAAAAAAUGUUUGUUUUAUAUCUGCAUAAAAUAUAUACAAAAACAAAACGUCUCCAAAACUCUAAAUAACACUAAAUUUCAACAAAAUGACAUAACUUGAAUUUUACAUUUUCUAGUUUACUAACAAAAAAGCAAGAAAAAUAAGCCCAACAGUGAUUUCCACUUCAAAACAAAUAGUGACAAACACAAAUAUUUACUUAAAACAAAAAAACAAAAUUAUAAUCUCACUACCCAAAUAACGCAAAACAAAGAAACAUCCGCCACCCAACUUUCAUAUAACAAAAAAUCAUAGAAAAAUAAUUUAAAAAUAUUUAUAAGCAUGGAAAUUUUAAUCGAAAAUAAUAGAAAAAAUAUUGAUUUUGUCCCUUUUACCCAUUUCUGUAAAGUAUUUAAUUAAAUUACCUGGUGAAAUUUACUGUCAACGAACAAAACAUGGAAUUAACGGAGGCUACCUUAGUGUGAAAAUUAAUUUGAUCCACUUUCUAUCCACAAGCAAGCACAAAAGCAUAUCCCUAUAAGUGUAUCAAUAUUUCUGAAAUUUUAAAUGAAUAAUUAUAAUAAUUAAAAAUACAUAAAAACGAAAAUUUUUUAACGUGCUUAAAAAAAAAGUGUUGUAAAAAAGUAUCUUUUACAACGCAGAAUAAAACCACGUAAAUUAAUUGUCAAGCAAAAAAGUACUCUGAGGUGUGUCCACUUACUUUUAUGAAGCAGCAAACGCAGCCUUAGUCAUUAUUUUGGAAAAUCAAGAUGAACCAGCUGUGCAAAGUGUGCGGUGAGCCUGCGGCUGGAUUUCAUUUUGGCGCAUUCACAUGUGAAGGUUGCAAGUCCUUCUUUGGCCGCACGUACAACAACAUUUCUGCCAUCGCCGGCUGCAAAAACAACGGUGACUGUGUGAUCAACAAGAAAAAUCGCACUGCCUGCAAGGCGUGUCGCCUGCGCAAGUGCCUGUUGGUGGGCAUGUCAAAGAGCGGUUCACGCUAUGGACGUCGUUCAAAUUGGUUUAAGAUACACUGCCUACUGCAGGAACAACAAAGCGUACCCGGCAAUGGUCCAGGAGGUGGAGGCGGCGGUGGCAUUGGCGGUGGUGGUGAUGGCGCAAUCGGUGACAGUAGUACAAAUAGGGCCAGCUUUGAACAACUAGCGCGGCUGCAUCAACUGCAGGCGCGUCAAACAUACCAAGACAAAACGAAUCCCUGCAUCAAAUCAGCCAGCAUGUCACCAACAGCCUUGGCGCUUAGUGCAGCAGCAGCGGCGGCAGUUGCUGCGAAUAGCAGAGGCUCACCGCAGCCACCUACGCAACACGCGCUACUAAGCAACGCGGCGAAAUUUCUCAAUGGCGUGGCAGAUAGCGCGCGACAUCAUCACCAGCAGUCGCAGCACCAGCUACAGCAUCAACAACAACACCAACACCAGCAGUCACAGCACCACUUAGUCCCGUUUGGCUAUGGCAAGGCUGAAACGCGGCUCAGCGAAACGCCUAGCGAUUCAGGCGCAUCUUCCGCUGGCGAUGCGGCGGAUGAUGCACGCAGCAGCGUUUCGGGCCGUCAAGAACGCAAUUGCAAUUCAGCACAACAUCUCGCUUCUAUAACCUGCGAUGAUAUGGAGGAAGCAGAAGCGCGAGAGCGUCGUCACCAGCAACUCUUGCAAAUAUAUCGUUCCCACUCAGAACCUUUGCGCAGUCCUUUCGUUCACUUUGCCUUACCGCCGCAUGUCUCACCGCUGGGCGCACCACCAGUAACGUUACUUUCCACCAGCGCCGCUGCAGGUAGUCCACCUGCGCAUCUUAUGCCCGCCGCUUUGAAGGAGGAAAUCAAACGUGUUAGCGAAGCAGCAGCUGCAGCGGCAGCGGCGGCAGCAGUCACAGCAACGGUUGACUGUUCUGCCGUUGGUGGUGCGCAAGAGGAACCCAUCGACUUGUCAUUGAAGGGGCGUGAAUUGGAACGGCGGCUUGCAGCGGCACGUGCGAGUUAUGAUCAACAUUUGGCGGAUGCUGGGAGCAAUUCGCUUACGUCCACAACGCCGCCAUAUGCGAACGCGUCACCUGCUAAACUAAGUGCUGAAGCGUCGGCGUUAUCGCACGCUGUGAUACACAAACCAACGCCGUUGGACUUGACGUUGGUGCGCUCACAGACGCUAACGGGGUGAGGGUAGACAUAAUGGGAAUUGUUGACAUUCGUUUUUUUUCUUAUCUGUUAUUUGUUAGUUGUUAUUUAUAUUAGGUUUUUCCGUUUUUCACUUAUUUAUAUUUACUUAACAGUAAAAGCUCGAUAAAACCAACUUCCGACAUUCAAAGCUGAUUGGCAUCAUGGUUAGGACUCGAUAUUUCUACGCCUAUGGAAGUUUCUCUCUUCUAGAAGUAUUUAGUUACCUCUGUGUGCAAAAUAAUAGGAGCGCGCGAAAUUAUCAAGUUUCAAUUUGUUUUUCAGUGUUUUUUAUGUUGAGUUAUUUACGAUGCUAAGAAUUUUCUUUCAUAUAAAACACAUUUUCGGAAGUCUUUUGUAUGAAAGAAAAUGUUCAACGCCUUCUCCAACAAAAAUUGUCAAAAAUCAAUGCGUUCUUUGAGCGUCUUCUAACUUACAUUUUUUACCAAAAUGAGCUACACAAGCAAA